GUAAAUCUUGCGAAGGAAAUCCGUGAUUAUAACAGUUGUGAAAUCAUUCAAGCGUGCACUAGACUAUGAUUGACAACAAGCUCCUUUCAUAACACGGACUCGCGUUGAUGGUUUUACUGUGAAAAAGGGGCAGUCGUAUUCGUUACGGUGCGGAGCGGAAGGCGGUACGUACAGCACGGGGUUGAUCGCUGUAUGUAGCGUACUUACUAUGUAACCCAGUAUAGUAUAGCUAUCCGCGGGACGAGCACGCAGUAUAUAUAUAUACGCUGUACAGUUAAUACUUGAUGGUGGAACAUCUGGUGUGAGACAGUUUUUUUUUUACCCUACUAGCUAACAUCAGCAUUAUAGAAAGGAUGUGUCAUUGUUCUCUGUUUUAGUCUUCUGGCUUCCGCUUAUUACUGGUGAUUGGAAGAGGAGUAUUUACAUCUGUCACCCUACACGUGCUUUAUAAUGCCUGAUACAGAGGCUUAGCUUUAGAUAACACUGAUGCAGAAAGUGUAAUAUAUAUAUAUAGUGUGGAAAAGGUUAAGAAGCCAAAAAACACUUUAAUAUAACGUUAACUGUUUAAUGAGAAAUUACAUUAUUGGUGUGAAGUAGAAUAUUAAAUAUGAUUAACAUGCCGACUUUGGAAAAAUGUGUUGCAAUUUGCAUGUUGGCGUCCGUGUUGUGCGUUCUUUUCGUGGAUGGAUAUAACACGUAUCCCCGGAGGUCUGGACUAGCCAGUAUUUGGGGGACUUGCCCCACCCAAUGUCGCUGUAUGGCACUCAACAGCCGCGGGACCCGGGGAGUUAUUGAAGACUGGAGUUCGGCACGUCUCGAUGGACGCACUCUCGGGGACGAGCCCAACCCUUUGGGCCGGAGCAUGGUGUGCCAGGGGUUAAGGCGGCUCCCUAAACCUAUUCCCCACGAUGUGACCAAAAUGACAAUAUAUGGUGACAGUAGCAGUCAAGUUGCACGUCCAGCUGUUCCGGCCGGCGACGGUGUCCAGAAUGACCGUAUCCCACUCAUUUCCGACACACAGAUUCGGUACAUAACCAGAGACUCCUUCCGCGGAAACGCGCGCAUGCAGGAUAUGGCGCUCAGUGGCAACAACAUCGGGAUAUUGUACCCUAACAUAUUCUCGUCGUUAAGGACGCUGAGUGUGCUGUCCCUGCCUAACAACAACAUCCGGCACCUUUCUGCCGCUGCCUUCAGCGGAAUGACGUACCUGUCGGAGCUUAGCAUGUCUGAUAACAUGAUCAGGUACCUCCCACAAGCUAUAUUCCGUCCGCUUGGUAACCUCAAAAAACUCCGUCUAAAUGGCAACAAACUUAGGCGUCUACCACGUGAUAUUUUUAGUCCUCUAACGAACGUCGCCGUUUUGGAUUUAUCUAGGAACAACUUCACUGACUUUUACGAUGAAGUGUUUGAUGCCAACACAGCCCUUGAAGAACUCCUUCUGAAUGGUAACAGGAUCUGGACUGUGCGCGCGCGCUGGUUUGAAAAGCUCGUGGUGUUAAGAAGUCUUUCAUUGAGAGGAAACGCUAUCACAGGGAUAGAGUCCCACUCGUUUGUUAACCUUUUCAACCUCGAGGAACUCUUGUUGUCUGCAAAUCACAUCACUGAAAUUCAAGAUAGUGCUUUCAGAAACCUGAGAGACCUAAGAAUUCUCGAUUUAGCAACCAAUGACAUCGAACAUAUCAGAAAAGAAGGCCUUAUUGACCUAGAGUCUCUCGAGGAGCUAUAUUUAUCAUCCAAUAAUAUAGUCGAAAUAGACAACGGAACCUUUACUUUCCUGAGGAGAUUAACAAGACUUGAUAUAUCACGAAAUCGUAUCACGGAAAUCAGCACUGGUGUCCUCCGGUCUCUCAUGCUUCUACAGUAUUUGGACAUGUCACAUAACAAAAUAAUGGAACUCCCUCCAAGAGUUCUGUACGGACUUUCAGAACUCAAAGAAAUCUCUUUCGACAACAACUUCAUCAAAACCAUCGGUAUGGACGCCUUCAAGACCACCCCUUCUUCAUCACAGUCUAAACUUACGGCUCUUAGCUUACAAAACAAUGCCAUUAAGGAAAUCUCCGCAGAAGCAUUGAGGUCGAUUCCACAACUAAAAUCAUUACAUCUAGGUCACAACAAAAUCAAGCGUAUUCACAGCAUGGGUCUGUCCAACUUCUGGAACCUACGUACUUUGGACCUGUGUAAUAAUAAGAUAAAGAAUCUCAACAAUGGCGUUUUCAAAAACCUUCAAAAAGUGACGGAUUUGAAUUUGUCUCAAAACAAACUGAGACGGGUGUCUGAUUCCAUGCUUUCUGGUAUGAGUGAACUAGAAGAACUCGACCUGUCAUUGAACAGCAUAACGUCGAUUUCUCCUCUCGCCUUCCGUUACAUGCAAAAUUUGAUAGAACUCAACUUGAAGGACAAUCGUUUAAUGGGCUUCAAUUUCUCCUACAUAACUAACUUAGCGAAGCUAUCGAUCGUUGAUAUGAGCAGUAACCACCUGUUCUGGAUAGACACGUCGGGAAACAUCCAGCUCCGACUCCGAGACCUCAUCCUCACCGAUAACAAGAUCAACACCGUCACACAGGACGUCACCAAGAUCCUAGCGUCGUCCUCCAUCUUGGGUCUUACCGGAAAUCCGCUACUGUGUGACUGUAACAUGAAGUGGAUGGUAGACCCAGUCGUCACCAGAAAAAUCAGAUUGGACAUGGAGAACGAUCUCAUCUGUAAACUUCCCAAUCGUCUCCACGGACUCAGGAUUCGGGAACUCGACCCCGAUGACCUAACGUGUGACGUCCAAGAUAUCCAGGGUGACCACGGUUCUCUCAUGUGUGACGACAGUCACUUUCGGAUGAGGUCACUCUUUAACAACAGGUUGGGAGAGAAAACUAUUUUGAAACGUCACGUGACACUGAUGGAUAAUUUACGAAACAACGUGCUUGGAAACGGUGUUCUCCUUAACGAAAACUGGGCUCUGGUUUCCGGGGACGUUGUGACAGACGACGCUCAGAUUUCUACCAUGACUGGGGUCAAGGUGAGAGUAGGCCGUAGCAAAUCAAUGCGCACUGUAGCAAGUGCAAUACGUCAUCCUCUGACGUCAUGGCGACAAUACAACGUGGCCCUAUUACGGUUGGACAACACACGGAAGUCUAAAGUCAGUAAGGAGUCACCAUGUCUCAUGACUGAGAAACAAUUUAACAUGAUCACGCAAAUAUAUCCUAAAAUCACGUUAUCGACGAGAAUUGGCACAGGAAGAAGCAAACUAAAGCCCCGUCACGGAAAAAUACAAUCUAUCUGUAAAUAUCCAAGUUAUUUGUGCGUGAAAGUUAAGGGAUCGAAGAAAAGGGCGAGUGAGUACAUGUUGCUGUCAGGAUCACCUUUAUUUCUUGGAUAUUCUGGAGAUCUGAACCUUGCAGGACUUGGAUUUGGAACUUGGGACUAUGUUUCGAAAGCAUCUGAAUCUCUGUUCAUACCGGUCUGGACAAUUUCUGACUGGAUCAGUGACGUCAUACACGAGUUCGACUCUGUGUGUUCCAAGGACAUAAGCAUUGGGAGGCCGAAACAAUGUUUAGGGUCUUUGCAGCUUCCUAGCUCUGCUGCCCUCCUUGCAAAAAUACGGCAACCAGAAAACCAUUAGCAUAUAACCUUUUCUCUAUAAUGCAAUCAUCUCCAUUCGUCUUCUAAGCAACAUUUCACGUUCAUCUUACCUUUAUCUCUCCCGAACCUUAUAGAGAGGAUUACUGACACGAAGCAGGUGGUUAGUGGUUAGAGUUGUUUAGAUAGAAAGCACUGCCCUUUCAAAAAAUAAAUAUCCAGUUUUGUUUAUACAAUGAAUAUGCAAAGCCUGGUUACCUGGAAGGCAUGUGUUACGUAGGGUUGUCCUCAAUUUGAAUUUACACGAUUGAAAUAUGCUGUUGCCUUGCAAUUGCUGGCCGCUCUUUUUAGGUAAUUUUAUCACAAGCAUCCCUACAUAUAAGAUAAGCAUUUUUGCCAAGUCUUUGCUACAGUCGACAGAUGCAGAGAAACAAGCUGACUACGGUGUGUAAAUCUAGAAACAAAUAUGAAAACAAUCCAAGUUUAGCAAACAGUUUUAGAAAAAAAACACAUUUCAUUUUCUAAUGAAGGAUUCUGAUAAUCAUUCAGGUUUAUUACUUGCGACACAAACUAUUUUUCAUAUACUUUGUCAUUUUCAUUUUUCAUCGAUAUUAUCAUAGCAUCAGUUUGUUUACAAUAGGAGGGUAUGUCUCAUAAAAUAGUGCUAUGAAUAGCGUGAACCUCAAUGCAUUAUGUGUGUUUCAUUCUCGCUGUUACAGACAUUUUUAAUGCAUUUUGUGUAUAUUAGUUCCCUCAUUCACGUAAAUCUCGAAUGAAUUGUGUAUAUUUGCUCUUACUUUCUGUCUUUUCCAUAUGAAACAUAAUGUUUGUGGUUACGCAGGGUACAUGAACUCAUAUUACUUAUCAAACGUGUGUUUUCCCGGUAAAGCAGUGGGAUCGAGGCGACACAUUUGACUUCAGUAAGACAGAACAAAUCUCUUGCUGAUUAUAUUUGAAGGUAAUGGAGGUAAUAAUGUAAAAUAAACAGUUCCACAUGUGUUUGAUAGUGAUGUAAACAAGCAAUUUCAAACAUUUGGAUAACUAAAAACAAAAACAGUUUCACACAUGUUAAUGUAAAUUAAGAACAACUGGUGAGGAAACGGUGAUGUCCAGAGUUAUGUUUGCACCUAUCACAGUUUACUUCCACAUUCACGUUGUUGACUGAUGUUUUGUUUCCGUCUUCAGUUUUAUACGGACACAUGACCUGUACCAUUUUAUGUCAACAUGGUCACCACGUAUUUACGUUCACGGUGUUUUGGAUAGCGUAUUUGUAUAUUGUAUUUUAUUGUGAUGUUUGUUUAUGAGGCCAGCACAUUUUGUAGGUCACAACUGCAACUUCUUUUGCAAACUUUCUUUUCGUGCUACUUGCUACUCCAAAGUUCACGUAGUUUUUUUAAUGUGAGCAAAUCUUAUGUGUUCUAUUUAUAGAUAUAUAUUUCAUGAUUCAUGUUUCUUUUAUAUUUAUAUGCAGGGCUACAGUACAUCGAACGAAGUGUUUUUCACGGUGUAAUUAUUGUAUACAUUUCAUUAUGUGUACGAAACAAAUCCCGUAUAUCCCUUUAAAUACUAGUUCCUCUCAAAAGAAUUACCAUAUGUGUAAAAUCUCUGGGUUUUUUUUUAAACAAACGCUUCCUUGUGAUAGAAAUUGUACCGUGUAAAAAUGUUUCUGGUGUAUCUAGAUCCUUUUCUGACCCUUGUGUGAUUUUAGAAGUGAGGAUCCUGUACUCUGUGUGAUACCACCUUUGUGACUCAUUGAGUUGAUCACGAACAUUGGACAGCCUGAUGCCCUUAUAUUUGUAACCUGGCCAGUGUACAUUGCUUAGUAUUGAUACAUAGACUGUAUAUAUGACAAAUGUGAAUCAAAACGCCUGUUAACUUAUCUGUUGCUCUCAUUACUUGUUACUCGACUCUGUUAAUUUAUAAUAUCAUGUUAAAGCGAUGUAAAUAUGUCAUCCUAGAUGUACCACUGAGUGAUACACGUGUCCGCCUAUCGGGUUAUCUGCUGACUGUGUCUUCUUAACUUGCGUUCAAACAGCAAUAGGUUUUUUACUCUGUUGUUCUUUUUUAAACAUGUUUGUUGUAAAUUAUUUUGACUUUUUUAGUAAAAAAAAAAUCAUAAAUAAGUCAUUGUGUUUGUUGUAAUAUUGAUAACUGACAAGUUAGUUUUACUCCUUUUCAUUUGCUUAUGUCAAACUGCCUAUACCAUAGUUAUCAUAUGAGUUUCCGGAACGUGUUUGUAGCUGAAAAAGAGCAAAAAAAAACAACUUAUGGAGGAUGAUUUACACCUCGUAUGGAAUAAGGAAGUAAAGAAAAUGUCUGAGAGAAAUUUGAAGUUAUAACUAUAUAACAGAGUACGAUUGAGUACGGUAAUUUAUUUAAAUAGGAACAAUACAGGAAGCACAAUAGGCCAAGACGUUUAAUGGAAAACCUAUCUGAAAAUGAUACAUCUAUCAAUUUACUUUUAAUCAUUCUGUAAAUAAUACAUCUACCAAUUUCGUUUUGAU